UUCCUGCCAAGCCAGCCAGUCACCACUAGCUAGCUGCUAGUGUCACUUAAUUACUGUGACCGACCGACCCGCCGUCGUCACCGUAUUACCUGCUCUGAUUCCAUCCAUGGCGAUGGUGCUGCUCGCCCUGCUCACGGUGCUGCUGCUGGCGCACGCCGCCGCGUACCUGGCGUGGCAGGCCGUGUCGCGGCGCCGGCGCGCGCGCUGCUACCUGCUGGACUACGCCUGCCACAAGCCCUCCGACGACCGCAAGGUCACCACCGAGACCGCCGGCGCCGUCAUCGAGCGCAACAAGCGCCUCGGCCUCUCCGAGUACCGCUUCCUCCUCAAGGUCAUCGUCAACUCCGGCAUCGGCGAGCACACCUACUGCCCGCGCAACGUCCUCGAGGGCCGCGAGGAGCGCCCCACCCUCGGCGACGCGCUCGAGGAGAUGGACGACCUGUUCGCCGACGCCGUCGCCGCCGUCCUCGCCAAGACGGGCGUCGCCGCGCGCGACGUCGACCUGGUCGUCCUCAACGUCGGCUCCUUUGCCCCGGCGCCGUCGCUGGUGUCCAGGGUCGUGCGCCGCUUCGGCAUGCGGGAGGACGUGAUGGCCUACAACCUCUCCGGGAUGGGCUGCAGCGCGGGGCUCAUCGCCGUCGACCUCGCCCGGAACGUCAUGCUCACGCGCCCGCGCACCAUGGCGCUCGUCGUCACCUCCGAGUCGUGCGCGCCCAACUGGUACGUCGGCACCGACAAGUCCAUGAUGCUCGGCAACUGCCUCUUCCGCUGCGGCGGCGCCGCCGCGCUGCUCACCAACGACCCGGCGUUCCGGGCGCGCGCCAAGAUGGAGCUCCGCUGCCUCGUGCGCGCCAACAUCGCCGCGCACGACGACGCGCACGCCGCUGCCGUGCACCGCGAGGACGCCGACGGCCGCCUCGGCGUCAGCCUCAGCAAGGCGCUCCCCAAGGCCGCCGUGCGCGCCUUCACGGAGAACCUCCAGCGCCUGGCGCCGCGCAUACUCCCCGCCCGCGAGCUCGCCCGUUUCGCGUGCCGCCGCCUCGCCCGCAAGCUCCUCCGGCGCAAGGCGGCGGGCGGCCCCAACCCCAAGAUCGACUUCAAGAGCGGCGUGGACCACUUCUGCCUCCACCCCGGCGGGACGGCGGUGAUCGAGGCGGUGCGCAAGAGCCUGGGGCUGAGCGCCCACGACGUGGAGCCGGCGAGGAUGACGCUGCACCGGUGGGGCAACACGUCGGCGAGCAGCCUCUGGUACGUGCUCUCCUACAUGGAGGCCAAGCGGCGGCUGAAGCGCGGGGACAGGGUGCUCAUGCUCACCUUCGGCUCCGGCUUCAAGUGCAACAGCUGCUACUGGGAGGUGAGCAGGGACCUCGCCGACGCCGGCGCCUGGGAGGACUGCAUCGCCGAGUACCCGCCGGAGACCCUGGUGAACCCCUACAUGGACAAGUUCGGCUGGGUCAACGACGUCCAGGGGCAGGGAGGCGGCUUCGUCUUUUAAUAAUGGGAUUUGUUUUUUUCCUUAAUUUGCGCGUCAGCAAGGUGUACGUAGGUAUACGGAUACAAAUGGGUUGGGGGCUAGCUUUUUUUUUUGUCUCGCACUAUUUCUAUAUUCACACCUGUAAAUGUUUAGGGGUCGCAUGCAUAUGCCAUAUGUGCUGUAGCUUGGGAACACUGUUCUUGUUAUUAGAUGUAUGCCCUGUGAAGAUGGAUAGCAGGGGUGGUGCAUGAAAAAGAUACAAACAAGGUGGUGUAGCCAGGCAGGGAACAUUUGUAUUGUCAGUGUAAUUUACAGGAACAUAUACAUUUCAUUGGCACGGGAACUGUAAUUAUUUGCUUAA